UGGAGAGCAGUUGGAGCUCUGGGAUGCGACGCGAAGCUAAUAACAUCUGAUCCACCUCCCCCAGUCACGUCAGUGUCUACUGUCACCUUUCAAACCCUUUGUUUUUGUUAGAACUCAGUUGUUCAGCCUAGAUAUACCAUACAUUGAAUACAUUGUGAUCUUGUCUUGUUUAUUGUCGGAGCUUACUUUCCUCCCAGCCACUGUUAAUCUCUCCAAGGUCGGUGGACACGCCUUUUCUCCAACAAUGGAGACGCCACAGGUCCAAGUUGGAGCUCGAGAGGUCUCUCAACGCCCGAGCGAUGCUACUCCCAAUACCAACUCCGCAGACGUGGAAAUGACAAUAGCGCAAAAUCCUACAACCGAGACUCAAGGCGAGACCGCACCAAAUAUAAACUUGACAGACGCUCCACCCGCGGAACCCGUCGCAAAUCCCACUGAAGCGCCGGCCGUCAGUCAAAAGAAGCCUGGAUACCAUUUUCUUGACUUCUUAACCUCUCCAAUCGUGCAACUUAUCGUUGGGAAAGGCGAAAAUGAGACGACUUUAACAGCGCAUCAGACUCUCCUGCUGGAAUCUCCACUUCUCGCCGACGCUGUCGCGGGAUUUACUGAAUCAGGCCCUCGGCGCAUUGAGCUUCCCAACGAGAACGUGGAGGCAUUCGGUUAUUUCUUACAAUUCCAGUACACCCGCGACUACUCCGCAGAUUCCCCUACAGAACAAGACGCAGCUGCAGCAGGCAAAGACCAUAACGGCGAGCAAUUGCUGAAGCAUGCGCGCGUGUACACAUUAGCGGAGAAGCUGGGGAUCCCGUCUUUGAAGACGCUCGCGCAUUCCAAGAUCCACCGUAUCAGCAGUACUCCUCUGGGUGAAAUCACGUAUGCGCGAUAUGUCUACACGAAUACGCCUGCUGAGGACGCCACUAUUCGGAAGCCUGUAGCUAUGUUCUGGGCCCACAGGAGCCAUGUUCUGCGCCAUGAAGCCGAGGGAGAAUUCAAGAAGUUGUGUCUUGAAGUUCCUGAAUUUUGCUUCGAUGUGCUUAGUUUAGUAUUGGACCAAAAAGAAAAACGGGCGCUAGAUAGAGCUGAGACGGAAGGCGGAGUUAGAGGAAGUGGGAGGAAACGCCUGAGGAGCGGUAUUUAGUUGGAAACCGGUAACAGAGACCGCCAGAUCAUACGGUAUGCUAGGACUCCUUAAGAUUGAUUCCUAAGCAAUUGGCAGAUUCUUAAUCUAGCCGAUUACCGAGGCAUGCAAACCACCCAUGGUGGGAUUGGCAUUGCCCGGUGCAAUUGGGGCUCCUCUACCACGCGCCAUUGUGAGAUUUUAGGCCAAAACUCGGUGGUGUGUAUAUGCGAGAGCCCGUACGCAUCACUACUUUGGGCUUACGAGAAUGCUCUUUGUGGUAUUGACGCUGUUAUCCAUUCAAAAUGCAGUCUGG